AUUUAGAUGUAUGUAAUUCUUGAGGGGGAUGGAAAGGGAUAGGAGUGAAAGGGGAAGUGUGGGGAAGGAAGAUCAGGGAAAUGGCCUCUAGCCAUGGCAAUUGCAUUACCAAGCUAAAAAGCAUCUCUUAAUCUCCUCGAAAAUUCAAGGAGGUAUGGCACAACACCCCUAGCAACUAGUUUUUGACUGAUGGAGGAAAACCAGGUUGCCAGUGAAUAAAAAUUUUGAAAGAAAACUAGAGAACAAGUCACAGCAGUUACUAUCCUACAGAACAUUCUGAAGGACCAUGUCCAUGUUACCAUGUCUAAAUCGUGAUCGUUGGACAGAAACUUUGGCUGUCGCGAUUUUAUAUGAAGUGACAAGAAAUGAAGGAAAAAAUGUUACAAGCAGAACAAAGCAGAUCAGAACAAGCGAACAAAAACAAAAUAAAAAACGAGAAAAUUGAAAAGAAUCUACGAUGGAUAGCGUUCAGAGGAACAUAGAGGAAGUUGUGCACAAACAGCAUAUCCAGGAAGCCCGAGUAAUCGUGUCAGUCAAAGCAUGCUGUCAGUCAAGCUAUAAGAGGAAAUGAUGCACAUCAUUUCAUAUAUUGACCUAAAGUUCAGACAUAUUAUAUUAUGAGCUGUCACACGACUAGUCAACCAUUUGRUCAAACAUUUCCAUCAGACGACACGACCGCAGUAAUUAUUUGUAACUGAUCCUUUUAACAAGGGUAGUUCUGGUGAGUUUCUUGGAUUAAGGCGAAUUCAUCAUGGCUCAUGCAGCAGUGGACCCAACAGCCGUCACCAUGAACAUGAAUGGCAAGACAGGGAAAGGUUUCGCUGAUCGUCGCCGAAGUCUAAUCAAAAGUGUCCUAAAAAAUAUUGAGCCGGAGAUAGUGUUCGGCCAAGAAUUGCCUGGGAAGUUUAAAAAAAUGAUUGACGAUUUGACAACUGAAAACAAGUGGGACGAGUGGGACUUUGUGAAAGUAGGAAAUGAAGCAGGCGUCAUGUGGGACACAUCGAAAUUCAAGGGUACAAAAGAUGGUUUCAGAUCCACAGAUCGAAGAAUGAUAAAGAUCAGAGAAGACUUAGGAAAAACAGAAGCAAGCAACCUUCUUUCCCGAGCUGCAUUUGUUAAGUUAACACGAAAAGACGACAAUACCAGCUUCAUUGCAGUGUCAUAUCAUGGUGAAUACAAGACCAAGAAACAAAGGGAAAUAUUCGACUGCCUCGUUGAUUUUUUAGAACGAUUAAGUAAAGAGGAGAAAAAUAUCCCUUUUCUUAUUGGUGGAGAUUUUAACUUCAACACUUUAAGUAGCCCUCAAAAGAAAGUCACUUUUGCAACGUAUAAACUGUUGCCUCGUGCAAGUGAAAAAGGAAAAAUACAAUAUAAGGAUAACUUUUGUUGGUCGAAGAAAGAACCAAGUGAUGAGAGUGAUGGUCACAGGUCAAGAGAGACAGCUCAAAUGAGAUCAUUGUUAUCAUCUACAGAUAUUCCAGAUACUAUGAGCCGACAGUUGGAACGGGCUGGACUGCAAGGGAUGAGUUUAUUUAAUGUUUUUGAAGCGCAGAGUCAUCGUGAUGUGAAGAAGCACAGCUCUAGAAGUGGUCCAUUUAUUGAAAUGCCCGAUUUGAUUGAGGUUAGUCCAUCGAAAGCUACAGCGAAGGUAUCGCAGACACGUAAGAAUUCCCGGCUGAAAAUGACAACUAAUAAAGAACCCAUUGCCAUGCGUGAUGUGUAUGCUUACGAUAUUGGGAAAGACAAUUAUGAACUGCUUGACCAUGAUCCAAUUUAUGGAAAACUUCACCUGAAAUAACCAGAGCAGGAAAAAAACCCAUUACGCUUUUAAACAUUCACGUGCUUUUAAAACUUUGUUCUAGUCAUAAUCGUGUGCGGCUACAAGUCCUCAUAGAACUGAUUAUGGAUCUUGAAUGAAUGUUAAUUUCCCAGGGAGUAAACUAAAUGAUUAGAUUAUUAUCUACCAUCCACAUAGUUCAAGCACUCGACGAAGUCCAUUGGGUUACUAGUUCGUAUUUUUAGUGUGAGGUCUCAUUGACUACCAACCUUUACACGAGCGUGGUUAUGAAUAUUAUACUAAUAAAAAAUAAUAGAUUAACAAAGUAGAUUAAUAGAGAUAAAUAAAUUUUUAUUCUAGACUAGAUUUCUAAUUCAUAAAUGUAAAAAAGCUUGUAGUUAGUGCUAAUUCAUAUUAUUGGACGGGUUAAACUAAGUUAUAACAAUUGUAUCAAAUGUUUGUACUAAUAUAUAUUUCCAUUUUAAUAGUGUCUUAAUUCUUUAUAUUUUUUAGUCGCAACGAGGUAAAGACAGAUUAUUUUAUGUACAAAUAAAUAGCUAGAAUUUGUGCUUGUUUAAAAGAACCAAUAAAUCAAUAAAA